AGCCACCGCGCCUGCGCCCCAAGCAGCCCGUUGCUCGCGUCUGGCAGGCUGCAGUCACCCGGGGCUCCGCAGAGACCGCAGCGGAGUGUCCAUGGCCACUGUAGCGGAAGAGCAAGGAAAGAUGUGGGUUUUUGGUUACGGGUCCCUGAUCUGGAAGGUGGACUUUCCCUAUCAGGACAAGCUGGUCGGAUACAUCACAAACUACAGCAGGCGCUUCUGGCAGGGCAGCACGGACCACCGCGGAGUCCCUGGCAAGCCUGGAAGAGUUGUGACUCUUGUUGAAGAUCCUGGGGGCUGUGUAUGGGGUGUAGCUUAUAGAUUGCCAGUGGGAAAGGAAGAAGAAGUAAAAGCAUACCUUGACUUCAGAGAGAAAGGAGGCUACAGGACCACAACGGUCAUUUUUUAUCCAAAAGAUCCCACAACAAAACCAUUCAGUGUGUUGCUAUAUGUUGGAACAUGUGAUAAUCCUAAUUAUCUUGGUCCUGCACCUCUGGAAGACAUUGCUGAACAAAUUUUUAAUGCAGCUGGUCCAAGUGGAAGAAACAUUGAAUAUCUUUUUGAGCUUGCAAAUUCUGUUAGGAACAUUGUGCCAGAAGAUGCAGAUGAGCAUCUUUUCUGUUUGGAAAAAUUAGUAAAGCAACGUUUAGAAGGAAAACAAAACCACCUCAAUUGCAUAUAAAGAUAUAUGUUGACUUUUA